UAUGAAGACCCAGCAGUCCUCUACGAGGCCAUCCAGUCCUUCAAGAAGAAGGUAGUCAUCUGCCACGAGGGCGACCCGGCCUGGCGGGGCGCAGUGCUGUCCAAUAAGGAAGAGCUGCUCACCCUGUGGCACGUGGUGGAUGAGGGCGCCGACGAGUACAAGGUCAUCACGCUCCACAGAAGCUUCCUGAGCUUCAAGGUGAUCAAGAGGAAUGUUCUGGAAGGAGCACUGGCUGGCAAGUUAACAAGGAAUGCAUCCGAGGACUUUGGGCUGGACAGCAGCAGGAGCUCAUAUUUCUUGGCAACCGCAAUCCAGAGCACGGCAGCAUCCAGAACAAAUAAGCAGGUCCUGCAGAACUUGAUUAACUCCUCCUGCGAUCAGCCCCUGGGGUACCCCAUGUAUGUCUCCCCACUAACCACAUCCUACCUAGGGACCCACAAGCAGCUGAAGAACGUCUGGGGUGGACCCAUCACUUUGGACAGAAUUAGGAGCUGGUUCUGGACCAAGUGGGUAAGGAUGCGGAAGGAUUGCAAUGCCCGCUAGCACAGUGGCGGCAACAUUGAAGACGUGGACGGAGGAGGGGCCCCGACGACAGGUGGCAACAAUGCCCCGAGUGGUGCCAGCCAGGAGAGCAGCACAGAACAGCCCAGAAAAGGUGGUGCUCAGCACAGGGUGUCAUCCUGUGAAGGGACACAGAGAACAGGUGGGUGCAGUGG